GGUUUUCAUCCCGGUUCCCGCAAGAUGCAGCCUCUUACCUGACGGGUCUGUGGCACCACAGCUGCUGCUGCUGCUGCUGCUGCCUACAGUGGCUGUCUUCUGUCGACCUGCUGUAGCUCUCCUGUGGUCAUCAGCAGCAUCAGGAUCGGGAUCUGUCACUUCAAACAGGACAAGGUAGACUUCGGCUCAUCAUCGAAAGUGGCCCCUGUCAAGAGAGAAACCUGCUGAAGAUGACUUCGUCGGAGCCGACUGCCUGAAAGCAGCAUGAGAUAACUGAGGGACUAUCACGCUAACUGCUGAUUCGAGCUGUUUUUUUCUCUUUUGAGGGCUGGUCCAAAACGAUGUUCCUGUGCGCGAGCUGACUGGCAGCGGGGGUUAGGGGGGCCUGGGGGGGUUGCAGUGGUGUUCUAGCACGGGGGACACAGCCCAGCAGCUCAGACGCAGCCGCCGCCGGAGAGAGAUGGCUCGCCCCGGGUCGGGGCUGCUGGUGCCCAUGAACGGGGUGGGAUACCCGCCUCAGAACCUGGCCAGGGUGGUGGUCUGGGAGUGGCUGAACGAGCACGGGCGCUGGAGGCCGUACAGCGCGGCGGUGUGCCACCACAUCGAGAACGUGCUGAAGGGGGACGCCAGGGGAAGCGUGGUUCUCGGGCAGGUGGAUGCCCAGCUCUCCCCUUACAUCAUCGACCUGCAGUCUAUGCACCAGUUUCGGCAGGACACAGGCACCAUGAGGCCCGUGCAGAGGAACUUCUACGAGCCGUCGUCGGCCCCAGGGAAAGGCGUGGUGUGGGAGUGGGAGAACGACAACGGCUCGUGGACGCCGUACGACAUGGAGAUCUGCGUGACCAUCCAGAAUGCCUACGAGAAGCAGCACCCGUGGCUGGACUUGACCUCUCUGGGCUUCUGCUACCUCAUCGACUUCAACAGCAUGUCGCAGACCAACCGGCAGAGUCAGCGCAAGCGGCGCCUUCGCAGACGCAUGGAUCUGGCGUACCCGCUCAUCAUGGGCUCCAUUCCCAAAUCCCAGUCGUGGCCCGUGGGCGCCAGCUCUGGCCAGCCCUGCUCUUGCCAGCAGUGCAUCCUGGUGAACAGCACAAGAGCCGCCUCCAACGCCAUCCUGGCCUCGCAGCGGCGUAAGCUCUACGGAGGGACGGCGGGCAACUCGGGCGCCCCGGGAGCCCUCGGCGGCGUGCGGCAGAGCAACACGUUUGCUGGAACCUCCCUGUGGUCCCCGACGUCCGGCUCCUCCGGUGCCAACCACAAUAACAUAAGCGUGGGAGGUGGGCAGUCGAAAGCCGAACAGGUGCAGUCGCCGCUGUCUUCUGCCAACUUCCCCUGCUCCCCGGUGAUGCCAUCGCUUUCAUCCUCCCACGGUCACCACGCGCUCACCAUCAACGGACAGAACAAUCUGAACCGGCCAGGCACCCAGCGGAUUUCCAUGGGGACCACUAGAGGAGCCAUCCCACCCGGCGUUCCUGCUUUACCAGUGAAAAAUCUGACCGGGUCUGGACCUGUGCACCCAGCGCUAGCAGGCAUGACAGGUAUCCUGAUGUGCGCUGCAGGUCUACCCGUUUGUCUGACUCGAGCUCCAAAGCCUAUCCUGCACCCACCGCCCAUCAACAAGAGCGACAUGAAGCCUGUGCCAGGGAUCACUGGCAUGCGGCGCAAAACCAAGAAGAAGCACCUGAAGAGAGGCAAAAACCCGGAGGAUGUGGUCCGAAGAUACACAGAGAAGAUUAAAGUGGUGCCAGACGAGGACUGUACCAUCUGCAUGGAGAGGCUGGCGAUGUCAUCGGGCUACGAAGGCAUCCUGCAGCACAAAGGCAUCAAGCCAGAGUUGGUGGGCAAACUUGGCAAAUGUGGUCACAUGUACCAUCUGCUGUGCCUGGUGGCCAUGUACAACAAUGGCAAUAAGGACGGCAGCCUGCAGUGCCCAACGUGUAAGACAAUCUACGGGGAGAAAACAGGCACCCAACCCCCUGGGAAGAUGGAGUACCACGUCAUCCCCCACUCUCUGCCCGGCUACUCGGAAUGCAAAACUAUCCGCAUCGUGUACGACAUCCCCGCCGGGAUCCAGACCAAUGAGCACCCCAACCCCGGCAAGAAGUUCAGUGCGAGAGGCUUCCCUCGACACUGCUACCUUCCCGACAACGAGAAAGGCAGGAGGGUCCUAAAACUCCUCAUCAUGGCGUGGGACCGCCGCCUCAUCUUCACCAUCGGCACAUCCAGCACUACGGGGGAGUCGGACACGGUCGUGUGGAAUGAGAUUCACCACAAGACGGAGUUUGGCUCCAACCUGACCGGCCACGGCUACCCCGACCCCAACUACUUGGACAAUGUCUUGACGGAGCUGUCGGCUCAGGGCGUCGGCGAGGACAAUCUGAAGGACUGACGUGCCGGCCACAACGGCGACCAGCAACACGGCGUCCUUCAGAGAACAAAGGGACGAUGCAUGACGCGCCAGUCUCUACGUCUGGCGACUCCUUAACAGCUUACAGCCUGAGACGUUCCUUCAGAAGUGGCUGACUAAGAGCAAUAGAAGCAGAAACCAA